ACCUCUGGCUCGGCUUCCAAAUCCAAACGGCCGUGGGCUCGCCUCAGGCCACUUCGGUCCCUCCUCGAGCUCCAUCCGAUCCUCCCUCCCCGUCGUGCCGGCAUCGCGCGCAGGGAGGACCGGCCGGACGGCCGGCCCGCCCGCCCGCCGCCAUGCCGGGAUCGCCCAAGGUCUUCUUCGCCUCCUCCGCCUCGCGCCGCUCCGGGUCGCUGCGCCGGCUGCUCUCGACGCCGGUCUUCUCCGCGGCCUGCCUCCUCUUCGGCCUCGCCGGCUUCGUCGCCGCCGCGCUCGCCCUCUCGCGCUCCCCGUCCGUCACUCACAGCCGCUGCCCCGAUUCCUCGCGCCCGCUCUCCGUCUCAGUCGCGUGGGACCGCAGCCCAGGGGAUGGCUCCGCAGGGGGCUCCGCGGAGCUCCCGGCCUCGCUCGCCACUGGAUCGCGCGGCCGCCACAAGGUCAUGGCCUUCGUCGGGAUCUUCACCGGGUUCGGCUCCAUCGGCCGCCGCCGCGCGCUGCGCCGGACAUGGCUACCCGCGGAUCGCCAGGGUCUACUUCGGUUGGAGGAAGCUACUGGUCUGGCAUUCCGGUUCGUGAUUGGAAAAAGCAAUUCAAAGAACAAGAUGGCCGCUCUUAAUAGAGAAGUUGAAGAAUAUGAUGAUUUUGUGCUUUUAGAUCUCGAAGAGGAGUAUAGCAGGCUCCCGUACAAAACGUUAGCUUUCUUUAAGGCUGCCUAUGCAUUGUUUGAUUCUGAUUUCUAUGUUAAAGCGGAUGAUGACAUUUACUUGCGACCAGAUAGACUUUCCUUGCUUCUGGCUAAAGAGCGGUCACAUCCACAAACAUACAUUGGAUGCAUGAAGAAGGGGCCUGUUUUUACUGAUCCUAAGUUGAAAUGGUAUGAGCCCCAAUCCUUCUUACUCGGAUCAGAAUACUUUCUUCAUGCAUAUGGGCCAAUUUAUGCUUUAUCAGCUGACGUGGUGGCUAGCUUGGUUGCUUUGAGGAACAACAGUUUCCGUAUGUUUAGCAACGAGGACGUUACAAUUGGAUCGUGGAUGCUUGCUAUGAACGUCAACCAUGAGAACACACAUGCGCUCUGUGAACCUGACUGCACGGAGUCUUCAGUUGCUGUUUGGGACAUUCCAAAAUGCUCAGGGCUAUGCCACCCAGAGGUAAAAAUGCUAGAGCUUCAUCAAAGAAAAGAAUGCACAGGUGGUCCAACCGUUGCAGCCGAGGUGUCCGAGUCCGAGGACUGAUGAUUUCUCGGUUGGAACACAAACUAACGGAUCCGAUAGUUGACCUCCGCCCUCACUCAGUAGAUGCGUUUGGAGUAUUCGUUUGAUUCAUUCAUUUAUCAGGUGCAAUCAAUGUGGCAGCGC